CCUCCACUGCAUCAGCUGCAGUUGGAUGACGAUUUUGAUGGCAACACCACAGAUGGGUUUAAUUUACCACCUCCACCUCCGCCACCAAUGCCUGCAACGACGGACCCGGAUGUAGAGUCGGACUUUUUACAAACUCCUCUGAUGUUCUCCCGAGGUACCUCAUCGUACUUGUCCUCAGGACCUUUGGGCACAUCACCAGGCGGUGCAUUUCAAUCUUCACCACAGAGUGAAUGUUCCGAUCCAGCCGUCGACGGUGAUGGAAACCUGGGCAUAUUGACGGAUCUGGAGACAAGCGCAGGAAGUAAAUGUAUCGUUAGUCCAGUUGAUUCAGUCAUUGAGGAAACUACGUCAGCGGGAUUCCAUUCUAAACGGGAUGCGUCAGAUUUCGAAUCUGAUUGUCCUGAAGGUCAAGUUGCUAUCCACACAGAGGAAGACGAUGAAGAUGAAGUUCGGCUACCAUUCGCCGAAGAGGGCACUCCACAGGAUGCCAUCUCGUUUGUUGAGGAUUCCGCUUUAAGCGAACGAGUGCGUUGUGCUCCGUUUGAUUGGCAUGCCCAACAAACACCGGUUAUUAUUGCCAGUGACGGUCGGGUGGACGAGGAUGAUGAUGAACCUGGGCAAGCCCAAAUUCUGCAGCAGUGUAUUGCAUCAGCCAUGCCUGGAAAUUCAUCGUUCACCCCACUGCGAACCGAAUUCCCAGCUACUCUUCCCGCUCCCGCAGCAUUUGCUUCUGACAUUACUCGGACUGUGGCGUUUGUCGAAGAGGAUGAUAACGACUCAGUGCGGAACUUUGCCGUGGAAGACACGCCAUUCGGUACAUCCACCAAAGCCAGUUCGUUGAGCGAUCUUAUAGUGUCAGAAGCGAAAUCGUCCGCCGGUGACUUGUUUCCCGAUUCCUCGUCUCACCAUAACUGUGGCUCUCUGCCUCAACCGGAUUCCGAUCGCCAUCAUUUGAUCGAUACUGCUCAACAUAGUGUGGAUCGAGGUAGCUCGUCCAGUUCGAUUAACGGGGAGACCUCAUCUGAUCUACUGUCUGAAGUUAUACAGUCAGCAAUGCCCAAAUCGUUCCCAACCACGACAUGUGAUUCUCGAAUCCCGGUCACCCGAACGCCGGCAACUAUCAUCACUGCGAACAGUGCUACAACAACAGUCGCUGUUGCCCCAACAUCUGAUGGAGAUUGUCUACAGUUGUACGCAGUUGAAGGAACCCCGGGUGCGGAUGACCUGUCCGGUUCAUCAUCUGUGCAUGAUGUGUGUGAGAGCGCUAUGCAUUCGUUCACAUCACAUUCUUCUUCGAUGCACGGUUUACCGGCAACCAGUCCGGCCCUGGCCUCCGCAUCUUAUUCAAUUGGGUCGUUGGAAGCAGUGUCUGCUCCACCUGCUCCUCCUCGUCGAACAACAUCCGUCCUAACAAAUCAGCGCGAUCCUUUUGCUCCUACCCCGGCACCGAAUCGUCCACAGGCCACGGUAGCUCCGAUGCCUCAGGUCGCUCGUUGUCCACCUACAAAUCGAUCGAAUAACAUGGAUCAACGACGUACCUCAGAAACUGAGUUUUCCGAUGUGGAAAAGACCACCACUCCCGGUCGGGAUUUGACCAAUUCCGGUCUGCUGGCCAAUGUGACGGAUAAGGAUGACGCCAGUUCAUUUUCUUCAUUGCUCAGUAUUGAAUCGGUUGGAUUGGAGCAUAGUUUGUUGCAAGAAUGCAUCUCGUCUGCAAUGCCCCGACCGAAAGUGACGGGCAUGCUACGCAAACCGCAGCAAAUAUGGUCUCAGUUACGCACCGAUUUUGGUUUGGACGAAUCGUUACCGGAACAGGAUGAGUCUCAUCUGGCCCAAUCUGGAGUACCUCAGUCUGAGGAAGAGGAUGACCGAUCUGGUCCCGUAUCUGAAGCAGCCGUCUUGACGAGAAUCAAAUCGGAUAAGAAAAACGGUCCCUUGUCCGCUCCACUAACUCAACGCUCUUCAGCACUCGACUCGUCCGGUGAUUCGUCACGAUGCUCAUCUGUCCGACCGAAAUCUGUUCCCGAAUGUCGAACAGAUCCAAAUACCACCAAUAUGACCGGAAAUGUCGGACGUGCUCCGAACACGACCCGGCUGGCCAAAUCCUCCGGUACAGCUAUCCAUUUUUUAGACGAUGGCUCCGACGGUGCACCCCCUCGGCAUCCGUGUUCCUCCAGUCUAGCGACGAAGAGUUGGACCAGCCCCCGACUAGCUCCACCGCACCCGCACACUUCGCACGGGAACGACGAAAAAGGCACCGUGUCCGCAUCGUCGGAAAUCAGUCUGCCCAGCGGUGAGUUCGAGUUAGAUACAUACACACACAUGCACUGCUCAUGGAAGUUGGAUGAUCACAUCUGUUCCUUAAAACAUUUCUAUUAUCUGUUUAGUCAUUAA